AUGAAUGCGGGUGCUGUCGCAAAGCUCGAGGUUUUGAUUUCACCCCGCACGCAAAGACGGCGUCUAAAACACAGUUGGAGUACGUUGGAGUACCGAGCUCGGGAUCAAUUUGACGUUUAUUUUCAAGAGAUUAUGCAGGUCUCGAUAUGGGGACUACUCGACGACAACGAUGAUAACCCGUUCGACCUGAUUGAGACACAUGAGGCUGACUGA